CGCUGUAAAGGGGGGGUAAACGAUGACGAUUCUCGGGGCCCAUGACUAAGAGGGGGCCCAGAGAAGCCCCCAAUAAAAUUGUGGUGCUAAAAAAAAUAUUUGAUAGUAAAAAUUAUUAACUUUAAAUUAUUCUAUUUGCUGUUUCCUGGUGUCAAAAAAAUGUAUUUGUUUAGGAAACACAAACGUCCGUGGGCCCCUCUCCCCCUCUCGAUUAUCAUAAAAUGGUUCAGUCCGCCCAAAUUGUAUCCAGUAACCAAGGCAACACAAACAGCUUGACUUCACUUAUAGCGCCGGCCCGGCAGAUUCAACUUGACAGAGGAUGUGAAAAUGCCUCAAAAAUCUGGAAGUCAAAAACGGAAAGAGAAAAAAAUAAGAGAAGUGAAAGAGGCAAAGGGUCGACAGUAUGUUACCCAAUAUUUCACAAGAAAAGAGUCAAAUGAACCAGCAGCAGCAACUGGUCCAGCUGUCUCCCAACCCCUAACUCCAGCAUCCCCUGAAUCAGCCUCUGCGCUCCCACAUGAAGAAGAAGUUCCAGGACCCUCUUCCUGUUUGUCAGGGAGAACUAAGGGAGUGGAGAAAGAGAUGGAAGAGGGUACAGAUGCAAGUGAGAGACAGAUGGCAGAGAGUGAAGAUGGAGAUGAGAAUUCAGAUGCCGAGGAUGGACUGAAUGUUGAGGGAUUUGAAAGGGAAGAAAAUAUUGUGACAAACGACCCUGGUUUGUGGCCAGCAGUUUGUACUGAUCAGGAUAGGGAGGAUAUAGUCAGAAAAUUGGCUGUGACCAUGAGAGAAAAGAAAGUGGAAAUGCCAUGCGAUUCAGGGGGGAAGCCGUUCCCUGAAUACUUGAAUUAUACAAAGUCAGCCAAUAAGAGAGAAAAAAUUAAGAGAGACUGGCUUACUUUUAGUCAAAGCAAUCAGUCACUUUAUUGCAUACCAUGUGUGCUUUUCUCCAGUAUACAGAAAAAGCCUUCCUGUAGUGCACUGGCCAGUCAAAAUGGGUUUAAAAUGUGUCAUGUGAAGUGGCGUCACAUGUACAAUAAACUCCCAAUCCAUGAGAGGAGUGAUGCACACAGAGACUGCUACUUAAGAUGGAAAAAUCUGCAAAGAUCUGUUUUACAAGAUAAAGGUAUAGACUCUCUGUUAAACAGGGAGUUCCAAACAGAAAUUGAGAAAAAUAGGGCCAUCCUGGAGAGACUGUUAGAUGUUACCCUACACCUGGCCUCAAGAAACCUGCCUUUCAGAGGCAAAACAAGCGACUUAGAUGACGUUCAUAAUGGCAAUUUUCUAGGCACACUGGAGCUUUUGUCACAUUAUGAUCCUCUGCUGAAAGAGCACUUUCAAAAAAUCAGGGACAACAAACAAAAAAAAAAAGAAGGAAAACAAACCAGGCUAACACAUUAUCUUAGCUCUGAAAGUCAAAAUGAGUUCAUCAACUUAUGUGGCAGACGAGUUCUGAAAAGAAUUCUACAGGAAAGGGAGGAUGCCAUCUAUUAUGCAGUCAUCGCCGAUGCCACACCAGACAUUUCCCAUACAGAGCAAAACGUGGUGGUACUACGGUAUGUCAAAUAUGACAAAGAAAAAGACGAGUGGGAGAUCACUGAGAGGUUCCUUGAAUUCAAGGAUUUUUACAAAAAGACAGGGAGUGAGAUAGCAAAGAUGAUUGAGUCUGUUCUUUGUGAGCAUGGGAUUGACAUCAGUGAUUGCAGAGGACAGGGAUAUGACAAUGGGGCAAAUAUGUCAGGGAAGGUAAAGGGAGUCCAAGCUGAAAUACUGAGGAAAAACAAGCUAGCUACUUAUUCACCUUGUGCCUCUCAUACAUUAAAUCUUGUCGGUGUACAUGCUGCACAAUCAAGUCCAGAUGUAUCCACCUUUUUUGGCUGCAUAAAUCGCCUGUACACAUUUGUAAGUAGCAGCCCAGAGCGCUGGGCAAUCUACAAAGAGCAAACAGGUUCCUCAUUGCAUCAGCUAUCUGAUACCCGCUGGAGUGCAAGGAUUGAGGCUGUUAAACCUGUGGCAAAGCACCUACCUUCUGUCAUCAAUGCACUUGAUAGCAUACUAAUGACUUGCAGUCUCACCAAUGAAGCAAGAUCAGAUGCUAAUGGUCUCAGAAAAUACUUCAUGUCAUUUGAUGCUAUUCUUCUUCUCACCAUCUGGCUGAAAGUACUGCAAAGCAUUGAUGACAGGAAUGUUAUUCUCCAGUCAGGGAAAAUCUCACUUGAAAUAGAGGCAGCCAAUAUCAGAGCCUUGACAGAAGAGAUGCAGUCUCUGAGAGAUGCAUGGGGGUCUCUCCUAGCUGAGGCAAAGUUGAUAGCUGGAGAAGCUCAAGUUACUCCUCAGUUAAGCAAGGAGUGCAGUCGCAAGAAGAAAAGAAAGAGAUUCCAUGAUGAAACCUGUGAAGAGGAGACAACUCAGGAAGAUUCAGAAACAGAGUUUCGGAAUACUGUGUUUUACACUGCUAUGGAUAGUAUCAUCAGUGACUUAGACACUAGGUUCCAGAGAAUUGCUGAUAUUGUGAACGAGUUUUAUGCGGUUCUGAAAGUUGGGCAGAUUAGUGAGGACAAAAUCUCUUCUGUGUGCCAACCACUGAUCACUAAGUAUUCCAGUGAUCUAACUCCUGAUUUUGAAAAUCAAGUAAGACACCUAAACCGUGUAUAUGCUUCCAACUUCCCCCCUAACCUGUCACCUCUUGAACUCCUAAAUGCUAUUUGUAAGCUGCAGCUGCAAAGCAUCUUUGGAGAAGUGUGCAUUGCUUUGCGUUUAUUUUGCACACUGCCAGUAACUGUUGCUGGUGGGGAGAGGGCAUUCAGCAAAUUAAAACUGAUAAAAAACUACUUGAGGUCUACAAUGUCUCAAGAAAGGCUUUGCAGUCUUGCUAUGCUUUCCAUUGAGAGCGAGUUGGCUAGAGAGCUCGACUUCAAAGAUUUGAUUAAUGAUUUUGCAGCUGAAAAGGUCAGACGUUGGACUUUUGUUUAGAAAUGUUGAGCAAGUACAAGAGAUUAGAAAUGAUGUGGAAAGAGUAACUCAGUCUCAUCUAUGUUAUACCUUGGCCAUUCUUUGAUAUAGUAUAUUAUGCAAGUUCUGCUUAAAUUAUUAGAAAUUGUAUAUGGCCAUUUUGUUUUAUGGUGGUGUUUUCAGUAUCAGUGUUGAAGCAAAUAAAUAUAAAUACAUUUCAUUGUA